UCAUUCUGCCAACCCACGUUGCUUUUAGAGUAUGCAAACCUCUCCAGCUGAUCUGGCCCAAGAGGUCGAUCCAAACGGAGCUGUUGCAUCGCUGUCCAUCGCUCUCAAGGUGACUUGUCUUAUCCAAUGUACAAGUCGGGGAUCCUCAGGGUCUUUGCCCGAGGAUGGACUGGGUCUCGGGGCUUCUUUGGAGGUCAAGGGCCUUCGUCCAAGUCCUACGAUGUGAUCAAGCCGCAACAAGUGACCCCUCAAAUCUCACCGGAUACCUUUCCCAAAGAUAUUGUAUGCCCUGCUUAUGCUAGAACCGGAAUUCCGGAUCCGGCUCCUGCUCAGCCUGAAAUUCAUACUCAAGCGUCGAUUCAAGGUAUUCGAGCGGCGUGUCAGUUGGCUCGCCGAGUGUUGGAUGAGGUGGGUUCCCGGGUUAAACCCGGUUUGACCACGGAUGACUUGGAUCAGAUCGUACUCGAGCUGUGUAUGACCCACCGGGCGUAUCCGUCCCCUUUGAACUAUAAGGGCUUCCCCAAAUGUGUGUGCACAAGUGUGAACAAUGUGACAUGUCAUGGCAUCCCAGACAAUCGGAGUUUAGUCCCAGGGGACGUGAUUAACAUCGAUAUCACCGUCUUUACCGGCGGCUUUCACGGCGAUUGCUCCGAGACCUACACAGUAGGUAAGGUGGAUGAACCGGCUCAAAAGUUGAUUGAAUCCACCCGUGGCGCUUUAAUGGCUGCCAUUGAGGGCGUCACACCCGGUCAACCUAUUCAUCGGAUUGGGUCGGUUAUUUCCGAGUUCGUGACGCACACGCCUUAUACCGUGGUGCCGGCUUUUAUCGGCCAUGGAAUUGGCAGCUACUUUCACGGACCACCCGAUAUCUAUCAUGUGCCCAAUCGCUAUCCCGGAGUCCUGACCCCGGGGAUGAUAUUUACCAUUGAACCCAUUCUAUCUGAAGGAACCCACGAAUUGAUCCUUUUAGAGGACGAGUGGACGGCUGUGAGUGCGGAUGAUUCCCGAUCUGCCCAAUUCGAACACACUGUACUAGUCGGGAAAGAGCGCCUUGAAAUUUUGACAGAAUAGAAUAUGUAUUACCAUAAUUUAUUGGAUUGAAGGUCGUCGAAAAACGCUUCCACUGAUGAGCGAUCCUCCAAAUCUAGAUUGAUAAAGUUUUCGGCCAGGCUUUCGCACAGCUGGAAAUUGUAAAUCAAGGGUGCAGCUUUGAUGGGCGUGCCUUCGGCCACACAAUUAGCGAUCUCACGACUUCGCCGGACAAUUCUCUCCUCAAUACCGGCGUCUCUAGCCACGUAACAAGCCAUGGAUGAGGAACAAAGGCCGGGUUUAAGGCGGUAUAAAUACACCAAUCGAUCGUUUUCAUCCAUCUUGUGGUCAAAGGUGAAAAAGUGAAACUUCGACACGUCUUGAAGGCAGCUCUUGAUGCUCUGGAAAUGCGUCGUGACCAAAAGGAAAGGAUUUUGGGUCGCGAGAUGGUCUAAAGUGGCCGCCAAAAGCGCUAGUCCGUCAGUUUCCGAGGUCCCUUUGCCGAAUUCAUCCACCAAAAUAAGAGAAUUGGGUGUGGCGGACCUCAAGCAGAGUGACAUUUGAUUCACGUCCACCAUGAAGGAAGACAAUCCCAGGGAGAUGGAUUCGACUGUUUGAAUGCGUGAGUAGAUUCGGUCCAUCAGAGGGAUCACGGCUUGGUCCGCGGGUACAUAGCUGCCCAUAUGAGCCAAGUAGACGAUGAGUCCAAUCUGCUUGAGAUACACGCUCUUGCCGCAAGCGUUCGGUCCCGUGAGAAUCAUCGCCCUAACCUUUGACAAACAAUGAGGAACUACCAUUAUUGUAAAAGUAUUUAUUGAAUUUAAUGAUAAAGGUACUUACUUUAGA